AUGGGUUUCAAAGGCGCUCCUCAAGCUAAGCAACUAGACGGUUCCAAUCUUCGCAUUGGUAUUGUACAUGCUCGCUGGAAUCAGUCUAUCAUAUCUGCCCUCCUUGAGGGUGUCGAUACGCAGUUGGCGAAAAUGGGCGUCAGAAAGGAGAACAUCGUCGUUCAAAGCGUGCCGGGGAGCUUUGAACUCCCAUUUGCAUGCUCAAAGAUGAUCGCCGCAUCCAAGACGCAGACGAAUACGACAAUGACCGCAACAGAUCUGCUGGCAUCGUCUUCUACAAACUUGGCGGAAGAUUUGAAAAAGGCCAGCUCGACCUCUCUCUCGACCGCCUUUGACGCCGUCAUUGCCGUUGGCGUAUUAAUCAAAGGGUCGACUAUGCAUUUCGAGUACAUCUCUGAUGCGGUCACCAAGGGGCUCAUGCGUGUCCAGCUCGACUCCGGAGUUCCAGUCAUUUUUGGAGUGUUAACCGCUCUGACGGAGGAACAAGCCUUAGAACGGGCCGGGAUCUCGUCCAAUGAAGAAAAGAACCAUAAUCAUGGCAUUGACUGGGCGUCGGCUGCCGUAGAAAUGGCUCUUGGGACACAGGAAUGGACUGCUGGAAGAUUCCUAUGA